UGUUCUGUGAUUCCGCGAACGUCCCGGCGUGCUCCGCGCCUCCUCAACCACUUCCGGGGCGGGAGCAGGGCCGUGGGUCCAGCCGCUGAGGCAGCCGGCGUGGAGGGCUCCCGGGCGCGCGCGGCGCAGCGUGGGUCCAGCCGGAGGAGCGCAGCAGCCAGCGGGCGUGCAGUCGGCGGCGGCAGAUAGCCGAAGGCGACCCAGGACCUGAGGUCCGCGCAGGUAGGGUCCACCGCGGCCCGGCCCCGCCUGGUGCCGCACCUGCUGCCCACCUGCGCCGCCCGCCGCGGGGCGUCCCAGCCUGCGACUCGCUCGCUCAGCUCUGUGGGUCAGGACUGCUCCGGUUGAAGGUUCACACCUGCAAAGUGAGAGCUGCUUGGACUCAGCCCUGCCAGCUGUGCAAGGAAAGAAAGGACAUAACCCCUGGACCUCCCUCCACAGCGAUGUCGGAGCUCAGUGACGAAGCCAGUGAGCCAGAACUCCUGACCCGCAGCUUGUCGAUGUGGCAUGGGCCAGGUGCCCAGGUCAGCUGGGAGCAGCUGGCCAUCCCCUUGGAUCUCCAUACAGCUGCUUCCAUCGGCCAGUAUGAAGUGGUGAAGGAAUGUGUGCAGCGGAGAGAGUUAGAUUUGAAUAAGAAGAAUGGUGGUGGCUGGACCCCGCUGAUGUAUGCCUCCUACAUUGGACACGAUACCAUCGUGCACCUGCUGCUCGAGGCGGGGGUGAGUGUGAAUGUGCCGACCCCGGAAGGGCAGACUCCACUGAUGCUUGCUUCCAGCUGUGGCAACGAGAGCAUCGCCUACUUUCUCCUCCAGCAAGGCGCUGAGCUAGAAAUGAAGGACAUUCAAGGCUGGACUGCCCUCUUCCACUGCACCAGCGCAGGACAUCAGCAGAUGGUCAAGUUCCUUUUGGACAGUGGAGCAAAUGCCAACGUGAGGGAGCCAAUAUAUGGAUUCACCCCUUUGAUGGAAGCAGCUGCUGCUGGCCAUGAAAUAAUUGUGCAGUAUUUUCUGAAUCAUGGAGUCAAAGUGGACACGAGAGACCACAGUGGAGCCACAGCCCGAAUGCUGGCCAAGCAGUAUGGACACAUGAAGAUAGUGGGGUUGAUCGAUGCUCACUCGCUUUCUCUGCCCAAGAGCCUCUAUCGGAGCCCAGAAAAAUAUGAAGAUCUCAGCUCUUCAGAUGAAUCCUGCCCUGCUCCUCAGAGACAGAGGCCCUGUCGGAAGAAGGGCCUCAGCAUCCAUGAGGGGCCUCGGGCCUUGGCGAGGAUCACAGCCAUUGGACUUGGAGGCAAGAUCCAGCCGUCUUGCUAUGAGCAGGUGCCUCCACGGGGCUAUGUCACCUUCAACAGUAGUGAUGAGAACCCCCUGGAGGGAAGGGGCUUCUGCUACCGGGAUGUGACUUCCCCCAUCAACGACCGGGACGUGGAGAGCAGCAGCAGCAGCAGCCGGGAAGAGCAGGCCUUCUGUGCCCACCUUGGGGCUGUGCGGAGCAGCAGCAGCAGCGAGGGCCUGGCGAGAGCCCCGGGAGUCAGCAGCGAGGCCUCUUUGGAGAGCAAUGAGGACUCAGAUAAUGCACGCAAAAGCUCAGCUCGCAAGCAAACUAAAAGUUAUAUGAAGACCAAGAAUCGCUACAGCAACAGUGACAACCAAUGGCCUCCCAGCACUGGGACUUCCGGGGCGGCCUGUUCCCCAGGAUCUACCCCCCAGACUGAGAGGUUCCCCUAUUCAGGACCCCAGGACCUUGCCACACUGUUGGAGCAGAUAGGGUGUCUGAAGUACCUGCAGCUGUUUGAGGAACAGGACGUGGACCUUCGAAUCUUCCUGACCCUCACUGAGAGCGACCUGAAAGAAAUCGGCAUCACGUUGUUUGGACCCAAGAGGAAGAUGACUUCUGCCAUUGCCCGCUGGCACAGCAGUGCCCGCCCCCCCAGUGACGCCCUGGAGCUGGCCUACGCCGAUAGGCUGGAGGCUGAGAUGCAGGAGCUCGCCAUCCAGCUGCACAAACGCUGUGAGGAGGUGGAGGCCAUGCGGGGCCAGGUGUCCCAGGAGCAGGAGCUACGGGCUGUGGUGGAGAGCUGCCUCCUGGAGCAGGACAGCACCCGCAAGGACAUCCUUGCCCAGCUGCAGGAGACCUGGGCCCUGGCCCAGGAUGCUGCUCUCAUCCUGGACCAGCUACAAGCCUGUCAGGCUGAGCUCUCAGUCCGAGUGAAGCAAGACGAGUCCCCUCUGGGGGCCACCCUAGGCCCAGCCCUCCCUACAGCUGACUCCAAAGGCUGGCAGGCCUCCCUGCAGGCCCUGAGCCUCCCCCAGCUGUCGGGAGCAUUGGAGGACCGAGUCCAUGAGAUGGGGCGAGUGCUGUGCUCGGUGACCCAGGGCCUGGAGAAGCUGCAAACGCUGAAUGGGAAAGAGAACUGGCGGGAGCCUUAGUCUGAGGGAUGAAUCUGACGUUGGGUGACUGAUCCACCCUGAAGCUGUGUGCCCGGAAGACAGGAGGGCGGUGAGUGGGCAGUUGCAGCAGCCCAGGCCCCAGCUGGGGCCAGAGGAUCGGCCCUCGGGAGCAGCUGGCAGAGAGACAGGACCAGGCUGUGGCUGGUUCCAGGCAGCAAGGCCCCCACAGAAGCAGGACAAGGGCCUUGCCCUGAACCUGGUGGUAAGGCCCAGAGCAGACAGGACCUUGGGGAGAGAGGGUGUCCCCAUAUACCACAGGUGCCACUCAGAUUUGCCCUGAUGGGUGAGGACGGGCGUCUGGGCAGCAUGUCAUUUGCUGGAAAAUAAAAUGUAAGAUCAGCUGGUGA